CAGGAACACUAUCACAACAUGGUUCAGAUCUACUCUUCAAUUACGAUUAUUUUGGCAACCAUUGCAUCUUUGGGUUUAGUUCAAGCCGCUCCUAAGACAUGUGUCGUGAAAAGAAGUGCUACAGAUGAUGCACUCACUAUUGCACAAGCGUUUAAGGACUGUCAAACUGGAGGUACUGUUGUCUUCCCUCAGGGUCAAAGCUUUUACCCUAAGACAUUGAUGACCAUCAAGAGCUUACAAAAUGUCAAUGUUCAAUUCAACGGUAAUAUUGUUUUACCCAAUUUUAGCACCAAAUUUGAUGGAGGUCUUGCCUUUUUACAACUUGAAGGUAACAACAUUCACUUUGAUGGUGGUGGUAGCUUUGUCGGUACCGGUCAACAAUGGUGGGAUGCCAAGAAUAACAAGGCACCCUUUGUCUUCCGUGUCGUAGCCAAGGACUCUGUCUUUAGAAAUUUCAAGAUUACAAACUCUCCUGGUUAUCACGUCGGUGCUGUUGGUUGUGAGAACGUUGUGUUUGAAAAGAUUACAAUGUACAGUGUCUCAAAGACAAAUAAUUAUGCUUAUAAUACCGAUGCUUGGGCUGUUGCCUGGUCCAAAAAUGUCAUUUUCCGCGAUUCUGAAGUUACAAAUGGUGAUGACUGUACUGCAAUUAAUGGAGAGGUAUCUGAUAUUCUGGUCUCAAACAUUAAGUGUACAGGUGGUCAUGGUUACUCUGUUAUUGGUACACUUUCUAAGGAUGGAUCAUACCAGUCCUUCAAAAAUGUUAAAAUUAUCGACAGUGUCUGUACUAACUGCUUAAAUGGUGUCACUGUGAAGGCUAGUCCUGGUCGUCCUGGUAUUAUGGACGGUAUCACUUUCAAUAAUAUUCAAUUAAACAAUGUCGACUACCCUAUUACCAUCACCGAUCAUUACUUUUGCGAUGCCAAACAUACCAGUGCUUGUUACAAGAACGAUGGUACUGGAAUCAAGUUUACCAACAUUUACAUGACAAAUAUUAGUGGAUAUGCUGCAUCCAGAGACUAUAUCCCAAUCAUUAAUGUUGACUGUGCUCCUAACACCAAAUGUGAUAAAGUACAUAUGCAAAACAUUAGAAUUAAGAGCGGUACUAAGACUGUAAAGAAUAUCUGUAAGAACUUGAUUGGUUCUGAUACCAAUCCUUACUGCCGUAUCUAAAACAUUUAAACUAUUCACAACCUAAUUAUAAAUAAAUAUUCAGUGUUUUAUUAUCAUGA